AUGACCAGCGCUCCGCCACUUCCCAUCUCCACGCUCGUUGACAUUGUCGAGGAGGCUCGGCCGGCCCUCCUUCAGUGGAAGGAUCGAUUCAAGGAGAGCCUGAAGUACUUCGUGGGUGUCGAUAUUGGUGGCACCAACACGCGCGUGGCGCUCGACACCGGCUCCUCCGACGAGUCCUACGUCCAGAUCGCCAAGUUCAGGGCGUCGAGCAGCAAGCACAUCGUUGAGGGACUCCAGCAGGUCGCCCGUCAGGUGGCCGACAUCCUCGGCGUCCCUGCCUCGGGCGCCUGUCUUGCCGGCGCCGGCCGCAUCAGCGACGAUGGCCUCUCGCUUGAUAUCACCAACUACCCCGGUACCCCUGCCGACCGCACGCUGACCUCGGAUCAGCUCCCGACCUACCUGUUCCCCGCUGAUGCGACACACUUCAUCAAUGACCUCGAAAGCACGUGCUACGGCCUCAAGUCCCUUAACGAGAGCCAGCAGCUCUCCUCCUUCUUCAAGCCCCUCUGGUCCACCUCGGACACCGUGAUGCCCAUGGAGUUCGGCCACGCCCUCUACUCGCCGGCCACCGACCCCUCCAAGAAGGACGAGGAGGACCGGCUCGCGGCCUACCUCUCGAAGACUCUCUACAGCGGCAAGCACGCCAUCGAGUACGAGGACAUCGUAUCGGGCCGCGGCGUCCUGGCCGUCUACCAGUGGAUCACCGCCGAGCACAAGGAGGCUGCCAAGUAUGAGUCGGCCGAGGAGGUCAGCACGGCCGCCUUCCGCGAGGACCCGUGCCCCUUCGCCACCAAGGCGCUGCUCAUCCACUACAGGUUCCUGAUGCGUGUGGCCAAGAACCUCUGCGUGGGGCUGCAGGCCAAGGGCAUGUUCCUUGCCGGUGACAACCAGGUGGUAAACAACCCCUUCUUCGAGAAGCACCUGCCGGAGAUGAGGGCCGAGUUUUUGGAUCACCCCAAGCCCGACUGGAUCGACAUGGUGGAGCUCUACACCCAGACGGAGAGCUUCAACAUCAACCUCCACGGCGCCCUCUACUACGCGCGUACCGACCAGCGCUGA